AUGUCAAUACCCUUACAUUCACUGCGAUUCAACAGCAUGCUGAGGGAGGAUAAUACCGACUCCCAAAACAGGGGGAACACCAUCCCUGGACCAAUGUCAGACACCAGAGCAGAGGUCCAAAUUCUGCAUUCCUGUGCACAGCCUAUAGUCUCGACUUCAGCGUCAGACCCUGGAGGGAUGUCCACACAGUUGAUGACAUCCCCAGCCUUUGACACCAUGUCAGCCUCUCUGAUGGGAACACCAAAUUGUGGACCAUUGUCCCCAUCACUGAUGCCAGCCUCGGAUGCUGGGGCACUGUCCCCACUGCUGAUGCCAGCCUCAGACUCUGGGACACUGUCCCCAUUGCUGAUGCCAACCUCAGAUUCUGGGACAUUGUCUCCAUUGCUGUCUACUUCAGACUAUGGCUUAAUGUCCCCAGGACUGAUGACAAUUCCUGACUUUGGGACAAUGUCCACAGCACUAAUGGCAGCCCCAGAUUCUGCAGACAUAUCACCCUUGGCCAUCCCAGUUCCAUCCUCUGGAGCCAUGUCCACCCCUAUAAUGAACACCCAGUCCUCUGAUGCAAUGUCCACAUCGCUGAUGCUAGCCCCAGAUCCUGGAGAGCUAUCCCCACUGCUAAUGCCGGAUAUAAACCCUGGAGUAAUGUCCACACAGCCAAUGCCAGCUCCAGGCUCUGAAGAAAUGUCACCAUUGCAAAUCACAGAUGAAGACACUGAAGCAAUGUCCAAAGUGCUAAUGACUGCACUGGAGACUGGAGAGAUAUCUUCACUGCUAAUGUCAGGCACGGACUCUGAAACUAUAUCCUCCCUGAUAAUGUCAGCCCUAGCUUCCGGAGAACCGUCAAGCCAGCCAACGAACUCCCAAGACUCUGGGGAAACGUCCACUCAGCUCAUGUCAGGCCUAGGAUCCAGAGCAGUGUCCUCAUCCCUAACAACAGCUCCAUGCUCUGCAGCAAUGUCCACAACACUCCUGUCAGUCCCAGAUGCUAGAGAAAUGUCCACACUGCCAAAGCCAACCCCAGAUGCUGAAGCGAUGUCCCCUCUGCUGAUGACGGCCCUGACCUCUGGAGCGAUGCCCACCCAGCUGAUAGCAGCCCAAGGCUCAGGCACGAUGUCUCCACAGUUAACACAAAAUCUAGACUCUCAGAUUGUGUCUACUCCACCGCUGAGAGCAGCAGCCUCCAGGAUGAUGUCCACACCACUGCUGAGAGCCUCAGACCCUGGAGCAAUGUCCACACUGCGCAUGAGAACCCAAGCCUCUGGAAAUAUGUCUACAUUGCUAAAGACAGACCCAGCCUCUGGAGCAGUGUCCACCCCACCGAUGAUGGCCACCACCUCUGGAGCCAUGUCCAUGGAGCAAAUGUCAACUGCAGCCUCUAAAGUGAUGUCCACACAGUCAGUCAUGGCCAGGACUUCUGGAGCUGUGUCCACAGGCUUUCUGAAAGCCACAGCCAAGAGGGCAAUGUCCACACCUCGAGUGAGAGUGUCAGCUUCUGGGAUGAUAUCCACACCACUAAGGAGAGCCCCAGUUUCUGGAGUGAUGUCCAUGCAGCCAAGUACAGCCUCAGUCUCUGAAACAAUGUCCAUGCCACAACUGACCACCCGAGCCUCCGGGUCACCGUCCACACCGCAGAUGAGAGCCCCUGUCUCUGGAGCCAUGUCCAUGUCACAACGGAAAGCCACGACCUCUGGAGCAUUUUCCACCCCACUGACGACACCCAAAGCCUCUGGAGCCAUGUCCACACUUUUAACAAGAGACACAACAUCAGGAGUGGCAUCCACGAUGCACAUGAGAGCAAUGGCCUCGGGAACAUCGUCCAAACCACUAAUGACACCCAAAGCCCCAGAAGCAAUAUUCAUGCAGCAAAUGCCAACUGCAGCUUAUGAAGAAAUAGCCACAAUGUUAAUGAGAGACCCAGCUUCUGGCGCCAUGUCCAUGCCACAGAUGACAGACACUGCCUCUACAGGGAUGCCCACGCCUCUAAUGAGAGCCUCUGGGUCUGGAACGAUGUCCACAGCACCGAUGAGAGGCACAGCCUCUGGAAAGAUGCCCAGUCAGCCAACAAGCACCCAAGACUCUGGAGCGACAUCCAUGUCAUUCAUGAGAUCCAUGACCGCUGGAGGGAUGGCCCCAAUGCAGAUGCAAGUCCCAGCCUCGGAAAUAAUGUCCACACCAAAAAUGGGAAUCUCCUCCUCCGGAGUGAUUUCCACACCACUAGUGAGAGCUUCUGACUCUGAAGAGAUGUCUGCACUGCUCACAAGAGCUUCAUCCUCCGGAGAGAUUUCUCCAUCAUUAAUGAGACCCUCAACUUCUGGAGAGAUUGCCACACCUCUGAGACCUCCAGCUUAUGGAGCGAUGUCUACUCCGCAAAUGACAGCCACGGCCUCUGGAAUGAUGUCCGUGCCACAAAUGAGGGCUCCAGUCUCUGGGGCGAUAUCCACACCACUAAUGAGAUCCAUGGCAUCUGCAGAAAUGUCUGCGCCUCAAAUGACCGCCACAGCCUCAGGAGGGGUCUCCAUGCCACUGAUGAGAGCCCCGGCCUCUGGAGCAACGUCCACACCACACAUGAUGCCCACAGCUUCUGGAAAGAUAUGCACACCAUCAAUGCGAGCCCCGGCCUUUGGACUGAUGUCUCCACCACAAGUCAGGGCCCCCGUCUGUGGGACUUUGUCCACACCACUGAGGAGAUCUACAGUAUCUGAGGCUGCAUCCACAGAGUUCAUGAGAGCUCCAGUUUCUGGAACAAUGUCCAUGGCACAAACAGCAGCCAUGGCCUCUGGGGGUAUGGCCAAACCAGUAAUGAGAACCACAGCACCUGGGACAAUGCCCAUGCCAUUGACAUCAGCCAUGGCUUCUGGAGAGAUAUCUAUGCCACAAAUGAAAAACAUGGCGUCAGGAGCAAUGUCCACACCUCAAACAAGCGUCACGAGUUCUGGAUCUACAUCCUUGCCACAAAUGACAUACGCAACUUCCGGGAGGAUGCCUGCACCACAAAUGACAGCCUCAGCUUCUGGAGCAAUGUCCACACCGCUUAUGAGAACCUCAGCUUCUGGAAUCAUGUCUACGCCACUUCUGAGUGCCACAGCCUCUGGAGGGAUAUCCAGGCCACAAAUGAAAGUCACAGCCUCUGGAGAGAUUUCCACACCAACGAUGAGGGCCCCAGUCCCGGGCACCAUAUCCGUACCACAAAGGGCAGCCACAGCCUCUGGAAUGAUGUCCACCCUAGAAACGAAAGCCACAAACUCUGGAGAAACAUCUGCCUCUCACAUCAAAGUCACGGCCUCUGGAUCAAAGUCCACACCACAUGUGACUACUACAACCGCUGAGACAAUGAACCCACCACCAAAAGAAGUCCCAUCCUUUGGCAUGCUGACCCCAGCACUCUGCUACCUAUUAGAAGAGCAGGAAGCCGCCCGGGGGUCAGGUUCUGUGGAGGAGGAGAUGGAGAUUGAUGAGGAAAAGCAAAUGAAGGGAUUUUUGGAUGAUUCAGAGAAAAUGGCAUUUUUGGUGUCUCUUCAUCUGGGGGCAGCAGAGAGGUGGUCCAUCUUGCAGAUGGAGGUGGGAAACCCCCUCUCAGCUGAAAACAAAUCUUUUCUGAGAAGAUCACAGGGCUUAUAUGACUCCUUAUCCGAGAUAGACAUCCUCAGUGCCGUUCUUUGCCAUCCCAAGCAGGGCCAGAAGUCUGUCAGGCAGUAUGCCACUGACUUCCUGCUGCUGGCCCGACAUUUGUCUUGGUCUGAUGCCAUUCUACGGACCAGGUUUCUGGAAGGGCUCUCGGAAGCUGUUACCACCAAAAUGGGCAGGAUCUUCUUGAAGGUGGCUGGCAGCCUAAAGGAGCUGAUAGACAGGUCUCUCUACACAGAAUGCCAGCUGGCUGAAGAGAAGGGUUCCCCGGGCAGCUCAAGCCAGGUUCUCCCAUCAGCAUGUAAGCGGAAUAAUGAGGAAGCAAUGGAGAAUGAACUGAAUUCUCAUCAGCAGACUGAGGAGCACCGACACGUUCCCAAACGCUGUUACUACUUGAAAGAGCAUGGAGACCCCCAAGAGGGUCUGCACGACCGCCUUCGACAGAGCAGAGGCCAUCAGAAGGCCCCCACCCACAAGUAA